AUGUUGUCGCCUCAGAGAAAGCUGCAUCUUUUCUCACCUUUGCUCUCCUUUUCUUCAACUGUUGUUCUCUUGUUUUUCAUCCCUUUGGCUCUGAUCUCCAUAAUUGCUUGCAUAUUAGGUCCUGAAAAGUCUUUUUUGCCAAUUUCUGCUCAAUUUGCUUGGAGUUAUGCUGGAUUCUACAGUUCCUAUUCUCAUAAAUCCUUCAAUGAAGAGUUCAAAUAUGAUUAUUUGGAUAGAGAGGCUGAAGUUCCAUCUAAUCUAUCAAUUAUAAACAGUGCAUUUCAUCAGAAGGUUGUGCUUGAAGAUCAAAUUCAACCUUUACAUAAACAAAUACGAGAGGCUAGCUUGCCAGAACCGAGCAUCUCAAAAGUCUCUAGCAGUGCAUUCAAUAAGAGGUACAGCAAGUUAGAGAGGCUUGAAACAAUGUUAUCAAAGGCCCGGUAUUCAAUAAGAGAAGCAGCUAAAAAUGGAAGCAUGAUAUCAACACAUGAAGAUGCUGAUUAUGUCCCUCACGGCCCUAUGUACAUAAACGCCAAUGGAUUCCACCGAAGCUAUUUAGAAAUGGAGAAGAGUUUCAAAGUUUAUGUAUAUGAAGAAGGAGAACCUCCAAUGUUCCACGAUGGACCGUGCAAGAGUAUAUACUCCACUGAAGGAAGGUUCAUCCAUGAAAUGGAAAAGGGAAACUUUUAUCGAACAAAGAAUCCUGAUGAUGCCCUUGUAUAUUUCCUGCCAUUUAGCGUGGUUGCUAUGGUACAAUAUUUGUAUGAACCUGGUGGCCAUGAUAGACAAGCCAUUGGCCACACCCUUGCUGACUAUAUAGGCCUAAUUUCUGGUAAACAUCCUUUCUGGAAUCGAAGUCUUGGUGCAGAUCACUUUAUGUUAUCUUGCCAUGAUUGGGGGCCUUACUCAACAAGCUAUGUUCCACAACUGUUUAACAAUUCAAUCAGAGUUUUGUGCAAUGCAAAUACAUCUGAAGGCUUUAAUCCUCUGAAAGAUGUUUCGCUACCUGAAAUUCAUCUCAGAACAGGGGAAAUUACAGGACUUAUAGGAGGUCCCUCACCUUCAAGAAGACCAAUUCUUGCAUUCUUUGCCGGCCGACUGCACGGCCACAUCAGGUACCUUCUGUUAGAGCAAUGGAAAGAAAAAGAUCAAGACAUACAAGUAUAUGACAGUCUUCCUGCAGGAGUUUCUUAUGAAUCAAUGCUGAGGAAAAGCAAAUUUUGUUUGUGUCCUAGUGGAUAUGAAGUUGCUAGUCCCAGAGUGGUCGAAGCAAUUUAUGCAGAAUGCAUUCCUGUUUUGAUUUCUGAUAGCUAUGCGCCACCUUUCAGUGAUGUACUAAACUGGAAGUCAUUCUCUGUUGAAGUUGCAGUGAAAGACAUUCCGAAUAUCAAGAAAAUAUUGACUAGUAUAUCUCAGACUCAGUACAUAAGGAUGCAUAGAAGAUUGAAGCAAGUGCAAAGGCAUUUUGUGAUAAAUGGACCUCCUAAAAGAUUUGAUUUGUUUCACAUGAUUUUGCAUUCCAUCUGGUUACGAAGAUUGAACAUUCAGAUUAAGGACUGAUUUUGGGAUUCAAUGAAUUUGGACCCACAAAAAUUUCAUGCUUAGUAAGUCAUGCAAGAUCCUGACUUCUAGCUUAGGUGUCAUCUUUGAUGAAUUACGGAGCUUUUCUUGGAUUAUCACCCUACAGAAUGCUAG